UGGUGGCGCUUUUUUGACGUUCACCCAAUAAAGAAGAAGAAAAGGUAGAAGCGGAAGAGAAGCCGAAUGUAGCUCAUUAGCUACCCAGCUAGGUCACUUUUAAAAACCCUAUUUAUAUAUUAUUUUUAAAAACACCGGGGAUGGAAAAUUAAACUUUUUGAGCGGUGGAUCUCGCUUUGAGGUGACGCCAUGCUCCAAGAGCCUUUAGCAACUGAAAAUCGACACGUUUGACUAAAAAGCUGUCGCCACUGCCGCCAUCAUGGGGACAACGAUGAGCGAGCCGUGUAUUUAUGAUAAACUGUCCGAGAGCAUCGACAUCCUCCGUCAGUCGGGUUACCGCUACGGGAUGUCGGAGAGGGAGAUCGAGAGGUUCAUCAAGCAGGUCCUGGAGACCAACGAGCCCAGAAGAGAGCCCCCACAGUUUCCCAUCCUAAGAGCCACCAUCAAGUUUGUGGUGGCUGUUGGCUUCUUGCUGGUGGUGGUGCUGGCCUUCACCUACCCCCAGAAUGCUCCCCAGCUGGGACUGGUCAAUCUGGGCUGCUAUAACUGGUCGUCCCCUCUCAGCCACGUCCGCCUACUCUCCCUACCCAUCGCCAAGAAGUACAACCUGCAAGGUUUCCAUGAGUGGUGGAGCGCCGGCGCUCUCAGGCAAAAUCUUGUCAACUGCUCAGGCUGUGCGGAGAUUUCCUCAGUGUUGGAAGUCCCUGAGAGCCUCAGAGGGACUGUCACUCUGCGACGAGGGCCUCAGCUUGUCCUGCUGAAGGGCGGGGAGUCCCUCAGCGUCCAGCGGCAGCAGCUCGAGGAGCUCUACCUGGCUCAUUCGGGCUCCAUGUCCAUUCUGCUGGAAGAGGAGGACGGUCUGCACAACCACAAUCUCGGCCUCCCUCAGGGACCUGCCAACUUCACGUUGCUCUGGCGGUUCAGCUCUGGGACCAGGGAGAAGGUGCUGAGGUGGCUCUUCCCGAAGGCUGAGCUCUGCCCCCUGCUGGACAGCGCUGGGACCAUCCUGCAGCGCUGCCUGGUCACCCACAGCACAAACUCUCAGAGCAAGGGUGUCAGGGUGUUGGGCUGGCUGGUGGUGGGCGAGGGGCUGCCAACUGUUCGAGUUCUGCCCGUUCAGCGCUGCCAGAAACACUGCAGCUCCUUCAACCUGUGGCUGACACCGGGAGACAUGGUGUACGCUGACCCCCGGUACUGGCAGAUGGAGCUCUUUCCGGGUCGAGGCCAGAACAUCAUCUGUGGCGGGUCGACAUUUUAAAACUUCAGGAGGCGCCAAGAGAAGAAGGGCGGAGUUCAGGACUGAGGCGUGACAUGGAGAUCAUCUGCCUUGCUCCAGCUCCGCCCACUGAUGCCUUACAAAGUCCCAACCUUUUAUUAUUAUUACUUUUUCCUGGUACCCCUUCUUUCUGGUAAUCCUCCCAUCAUCCUCAGAGAGCUGGAACAACUGCACACAUGGAGGUUUGAGGACUGAAAAGUGACUCAUUUAGUUUACCAGCUGAACGUAAUCUUGUGCCAUAGCUCCACACAGAUAUCUAGAUUUAAAAAACAAACAAACAACAGAAAUCUUUGUUUCUCUUUAGUGCCCGGUCCCAGGUCUCUGAAUCACCGGCAACACCUCCGACUCGUUCAGUGAUUUUAAAAUAUCUGCUGUUGUCCUUGUUGGUUGGAGAAAACAAAGUUAUAUUUUGUGUCAAAGCCAGAAAAAUGUCUUCAUGUGUGACUCUUCACAGUGAUGAGGGUCAAAUUUAUGAAAAAUGACUUUUAAAUGGAGUCCCCUUAAGAGACUUGUGGUUUCAGAUAUUUAGUCACAGCUGAUUUGUCAGCCAGAGACAACCCAAGCACCAUGUACAACGGAAGAACGAUGAGAUACAAAAUUAGUGCUUUGCAUAUUGGCCGUGUGCAGCUGACCCCAGGCUGGAUUAACCUAAACCUUGUGGCUUUUUAAUCUGAUUAAUCAAUUAAUCUAAAAUGAAACUGGGAGUAAUCAAAGUAGAAGCAGUAGCAAUGCAGGGGAUGCCCCACAGCUCCCUUUCUUCUUCUUCUCCCUCUAACACCUGCUUAAGUUUUUGCACUUUCUGGGAACUUUAAAGGAACUUUGGUGUCAUUUGGAUUCAUGUGGAUGUGGUAAAAGAGCCGGACUAUGAUCAGAACUUCCAGCCGCUAACAAACUCAGAUGGUGCCGAGAGGAAAAACUCAUCGAGCUGCUCAGUGCAGGAGCAAACCCACAAACUAAAGAAAACAAUUGCCAUCUGUUGUGACGCACCUGCAGCUUCUGCCCUUUAUUUGGUUCUUUUGAUUAUGUUAAAGGGAAAGUUCACCCAAAAAUUUAAAACUAUGAUAUUCUCAGUUGCAUAUCGUAGUACCUAAAACAGUCUGUCAUUUGAACUGCUUUUAGUUUUUCUGUAUUUUGGGUAAUUUUUUCAAAGUGGACCCAUUAUGUUCUAGUAUCAGUAAGUCAGUAAGAGAAUAUUAGAGUUACCCCUUCUUACUGACAUCAUAGAGAUCUCAGAGUAGAAGAAAUGAAAAUGACAUGUGGAUAUAUAGGAAUCUCUCUAUUUUGGCUCAUUUUUUUGCCAAAUGUAAACCUAACACUGCGAUUCUCUCGUUCUUUUCAAACUCUCUUGAAAAAGUUUUUAAACUUUCUUUUUUUGGUCACAUUUUAGCAUUUUACAAAAGUGUUUUUAACCUGAUUAUGAGCCAUCUCUGUCUCAACACAAGUUUUAGACCUGUGAGAGAAUAUAUGGGUGAACUGGCCCUUUAACAUCCAGUUUGCAACACUAAGGCAGACAAAAGCUGCUUCUCUAAUUUCAUUGUCGCUAUUUAUUGUUAUGGCUGUAUAGAAAUCGAACCAUUAAUUUUAAUAAUAAAGUGUUGUAAUAUUAUAUUUUUGAUUAUUACAUGGGAUCGUUAGCACAGACAGAGCAAGAGCGGAGGAUAUAUUUUGUGCUUAUCAGGGUUUAAAAGUCUGAAUAAUGUCAAGUAAGUUUGCCAAAGUUUCUGCAUUUUAAAGAUGAACUCCCUCGACUUGUUUAAGAGUUUUACAUUUCCAGCAAAGCAGCUGAAGCUAAGUCAGGGGCUGCAUCUUUUGAAAUGUUUGCUUUGCAUAGAGAUGUAACACUUUUAUGAGGAAAUUAAAACUUAUCGUGUAUUAUA